AUGGCAACUAUCCCUUCGUUUCGACCGCGAUAUCUCUGCGUGGACGUUGUUGUGCGCGAAUACUCGGAUAUAGAAGCUCUCGACCACGUAAUAGCAAACCUUAAGUCAUUUCUAGAUGUGUCAAAAAUCUUGUCCGUUGCCGUCGCUGCACAGUAUCAGCCUAUAGACUCGCAAUCAUUAACACUGCUAGAACAUGCUGCAGUACGCGAAAAGAAAAAACUUAUACACUGGUCUUCGGAUUUAAAGCGCAAUUAUCGACAAUAUCAAUUUGAAACUGCGUUGAAUACUGCGGCUGCUCGGGGACAUUUCGCUGGUGUGAGAUGGUUACGGUCCAGAUAUUACCCAAAGGGAAAAUUUCAUGGUGCCGAACGAGCAGCGCUCUUCAGUUGCAAUUUACAAAUGCUACACUUUCUUCAUGACAAUUUUAGCAAUAAAAUGGUGGAUGACGUGGCAGUAGAUAGUCAAGAUGCUAUUGUCCAUGCGGCAGCCAAUGGACGAUUGGACCUUGUGCAAUGGUAUUGUGAAAUGAAGGGCCCGUACGCAGUUGGAUGGAACGUCAUGGACGCAGCAGUUGCAAAUAAUUGCAUGACUAUCGUACAGUACCUUAUUACUGUACUGGGAAAUCGAUGCACGAGACGUGGGCUUGAAAGUGCUGCUCUUAAUGGACACUUGGACGUAGUGAAGUGGCUCCAUGAUACUCAUUACUAUGAAAUUAGAACAUUCAAGACUUUAGAAAAUGCCAUCAUAGGAGGGCAUUUAAAUAUUGUCCAGUACGUGAUGCAGACAGUGGUUGUAGCCUAUACAUCUUGGACUCAAGCGGCUUUGACAGCUGCCGUGACUUUUGGACAACGACAUAUUCUAGAGUGGCUGCAUCACCGAGCGUUGAUGGUUGCAACCGUGCACAAUCGAUGCUUUCGGUUUGAAAUUUAUACCAAUCAGCUAUAUGCUGUCGCGAAAAAUGGUCAUCUUAAGGUGCUGCAAUGGCUUCAUGAACAUAAGUAUCCAGUUCAUUGUCGACGAGCACAUGUUGUUCGUGGAGCUGCAGCGGGUGGUCAUCAAAACAUAAUUGAGUGGAUGGAAUUUACAUUUGAGUCUUUAGCACGUCAGCGUCACCGGAUUCGAGUUGACGGAGCUGGUGCUUAUGGAGAUCUUCAGUUUGUUCAGUGGCUUUCUUAUCAAAAAUACCGUUUUACGACCCAUGCAUUGGAUGAUGCUGCAGCUGGUGGCUUCUUACCUGUAGUGUGUUGGAUGCAUGAAAAUGUAGAAAAAUCUUCGUGUACAGUUGCAGCAAUGGAUCGUGCUGCCGCAAAUGGACAUCUUGAUGUUGUCAAGUAUCUACAUCAGAAUCGCAAGGAAGGUUGCACCACUGCAGCUAUGGACAAUGCUGCACGCCAUGGUCAUUACGAGGUGGUGAAGUUUCUUCAUGACAAUCGUAGCGAAUACUGCACAGCAAUGGCUGGUGAGACGCAAUCAGUUGCAGUAUUGCAAUUUCUGAAGGAAAACAAGCGUCUUCGCACUAAAUUACCGAAGACGAUUGACGCUUCAACAAUAGGUAACCUGGAACUUUUGCAAUGGCUUUACGCUUAUGACCGACGACACUUUGGAUUCGAGGCGGUCGUGGAUGAAGCACGUGAACACAAUCAUUUUCAUAUAUUGCGCUGGCUGGAGACUUUGCCAGAGGCUGGAAGACCUUAA